AUGAUCCCAGAGAGACUGCUAUGGAAUAGAGAGACUGAAAACACACAGGAUUGGACAUUUGAGGACGUCCAGCAGCUGUUGGUGGUUAAAGAAGAGGUUCCCCCUGAGCAGCAGGAGUGGAGCUCCAAUGUGGACCAGGAGGACCCAGAGCCUCCACACAUUAAAGAGGACCAGGAGGACCCAGAGCCUCCACACAUUAAAGAGGAACAGGAGUUCACAUCCACUCCUGUCCCUGUGAAGAGUGAAGAUGAUGAGGAGGAACCUCAGUCCUCACAGCUUCAUCAAAGACACACUGAACAGUUGGAAACAGGAGCUGAUGGAGAGGACUGUGGAGGACCAGAACCAGCCAGGAACUCAGAUCCAGAUACACAUUUACAACCUGAGACUGAUGACAGUGAUGAUUGGACAGAGACCAGAGAAUAUCAGUCAGGUUUAAAAUCUCUGAAAAGUGUUGAGGACACUGUCAGUGGCAGAACUGGUGAGAAACCACUUAGCUGCUUUGAGUGUGGGAAAGGAUUUGGCAAUCUUCAAAUUCUGAAAGUACACAUGAGAAUUCAUACUGGAGAGAAACCAUUCAGCUGCUUUGAGUGUGGGAAAAGAUUUAGUCAAAGAGGUAAUCUGCAGCGACAUUUGAGAUCUCAUACAGGAGAGAAACCUUUCAGCUGCUCUGAGUGUGGGCAAAGAUUUUACCGCAAGACACAUCUGCAGGACCACAUAAAAUAUCAUACAGGAGAAAAGCCUUUUAGCUGCCCAGUUUGUGCGAGAUAUUUUAUGGAGAGUGGAAAUUUACAGUCACACAUGAGAAUUCAUACAGGAGAGAAACCUUUCAGCUGCUCUGAGUGUGAUAAAAGAUUCCUUCGCAAGCAAACCUUAGAACAUCACAUGAGAACCCACACAGGAGAGAAACCUUACACCUGCUCAGUUUGUAAAAAACAUUUUUCAAGGAGUGGAAAUUUACACUCACACAUGAGAAUCCACACUGGAGAGAAACCCUUCAGCUGCUCUGAGUGUGAUAAAAGAUUCCUUCGCAAGCAAACCUUAGAACAUCACAUGAGAACCCACACAGGAGAGAAACCCUUCAGCUGCUCUGAGUGUGAUAAAAGAUUCCUUCGCAAGGAAACCUUAGAACAUCACAUGAGAACCCACACUGGAGAGAAACCUUACACCUGCUCAGUUUGUAAAAAACAUUUUUCAGGGAGUGGAAAUUUACACUCACACAUGAGAAUCCACACUGGAGAGAAACCCUUCAGUUGCUCCGUUUGUCAAAAAAGUUUUUCAAAGAGUGGAAAUUUACAUGAACACAUGAGAACUCAUACAGGAGAGAAACCUUACAGCUGCAGUGUCUGUCAGCAAAGAUUCACUUGGCCUCACCAACUCAGAAACCAUCAGUGUGUUGGUUGUCAGUCCUCACAGCCUCAUCAAAGUGAAAUGGAGGAGAACAGAGAGGCAGAGCCUCCAGCCAGCAGCUCAGCUGAACAGAUGGAAACAGAAGCUGAUGGAGAGAACUGUGGAGGACCAGAACCAGCCAGGAACCCAGAUCCAGAUACACAUUUACAACCUGAGACUGAACACUGGUGAUGAGUGGAAAAAGGCCUGUAAUUUCUGUCAAACUUCUGGGCUUUUAUUUUGAAGCUCUGCAACUCAUCUGACCCGGAAGCUGUGUUUGUCACAGGCCAACGUCACCGCAGCUUGGACAAGAUGGCGUCCAGCAGAACUAAGUGUUAGCAGAGUGUCUUUGUUGUGUUUUUAAAGUGUGAACAUGUCUAAAGUCCAAAUGCUGAGAUCGUUGGUGAAGCAGCGACUAACUGCGGCUGCUGAAGAGAUAUUUGGGCUGUUUGAAAGAACGAUAGCAGAGUACGAGGAGGAACUUUGUCGAUCAAAAGAGGAGAACGAGCGACAACGGAGACUACUGGACGCUGUUUUCAACCCUCAGUUUCAGUUAAACGAAGGAG